GUGAGAUUUUUGUUCUAUGGUGAGAACAGAGAAAGAAUAAAAACCACCGCGGAAAAAAACAGGAGAAAAAUGUUCAAUUUAAAAUGGAAGGGUGUUUCGAAGCUCGGUUUAGGUGCAAUUUGUGGCAUUGUUUCAGCAAUUUUGGGUGCAUUUUUUGGAUGGGUACUCUUUCCAGCACUUGUUGCAAUCGAAAUCGACAAACAAACUGUGCUCGAAGAAGGAACUGAACAGUUUGAACGAUUUGUAAAUAUACCUCAACCGUUGCAUUUCAAGGUCUUCAUAUUCAAUGUGACAAAUCCUAAUGAAGUGAUCGAAGGUGGUGUACCAAAAGUCAAGGAAAUUGGACCAUAUAUCUAUCGGCAAUAUCGGAACAAAGAUAUAUCGUCCGUUUCGCCGGAUAAAAGGUUUGUGAUAUUUCGUGGCAUUCAAAAAUUCAUUUUUGACGAACAUGCGUCGGCGCCAUUGACUGAAAGCGACAAUUUAGUCGUAUUAAAUGUUCAAUUAAACUCAGUUGUACAGAUGGCAGAAAGCUCGAUGCCAGCACAGUUGGGAAUCCUAAAUGGACAACUUGAGGAUGUUUUCGGCGAAAAAUAUGAUUCCAUGUUUAUGACCGUCAAAGUGUCGGAUCUGCUUUUCGACGGAGUACCGUUAUGUGUAAAUCCAAGUGGAAUUGCGAGCUUCAUUUGUUCCGUAAUUAAAAACCAAAAGCCACGAGCGAUUAAAGAAAUUGACGAUGGCUCAAUGAGAUUCUCGUUGUUUGGUCACAAAAAUAAUACGGAUGAUGGCCUGUUUGAAAUACAUUCGGGUGUGGGGGAUAUUGAAAAAUUGGGUGCGAUUCGGAAAUGGAACAAUAGACACGCCAUCAAAGCCUGGAUGAACGCAACAGAUGGUGGCAAAUCAACGUGCAAUUUUAUCAACGGCACUGAUAGUACCGUUUAUGCGCCACACAUCAAGCCCAACGCCUACCUGGACAUUUUCGCAACGGAUAUUUGCCGUUCGGUGAAGAUUUAUUAUGCAGGAAAAAUUCGUUAUGCCGGCAUACCUGGGUAUCAUUUUGAGAGUGGCAGCGACUUUUUAGAGAGUAUCGGGCCCGAAUUUGGAAAUGAAUGCUUUUGCAUUGAUAGAAUUGUGAAUGUUCCAGUUAGAUCAAAUGGUUGCUUGUAUAAAGGAGCGCUGGAUUUGUCGACUUGCCAAGGGGGACCAAUUAUCAUGACAUUUCCGCAUAUGCUCGGUUCAGCCGCCGAAUAUAGAACAGUAAAAGGUCUUCAUCCAGAUCCAAAACGGCACCUAACAUUUGCAGACAUUGAACCGAAUACAGGUUAUCCAUUGAGAGGUGCUAAACGCGUCCAGCUAAAUAUGUUCAUCAAGAAAAUCAAUCAAAUUGAUGUCACCGAACAACUACAAACCUGUCUACUUCCCAUUGUCUGGGUGGAAGAGGGUGUUGAAUUAAAUGAUGCUAUGCAGUCAUUACUCAAAUGGAAACUCAUCUAUAUUUUAAUCGCUCUUGAUUUACUUUAUUAUUCGAUGAUUUUUGGUGGUUUUUUGACAUUUGCCGGAUGUUCUAUAUGGUACUUAGUUCGUCGAAAUCAGGAAAACAAAGUUAUUCCAUUGACUUGAUUAUUGUUAAUAUGUUGUCGCUUUUUAUUGAUUUGAGUAGUUAAUUCUAUUUUUUUUUUCUCUUUUGAACUGAAUGAACAGUGCAAAUGACAUGCACGGUUAGAUUUUUAUUACGUUCACAGGGUAUAAAUAGAAGUAUUCGAAUUUUAGAUGUUAAUGACUGUGUCAAAAUAAAGUGUGUUUGACCAAGAACAAA